AUGGCCACCAUGCCAGACAACAGUCGUUUAGGAGCCCCCUCAGGGUCUCCUUCGACGAACACUGAUUCCCGGGGGACAUUCGUAACUCCUCCCUCUAUCCCUGCCUCCUCGCGCUACAAUGCCAACGCCACAGAGACCUCAUCAACCCCUUCAAGCCACAGUGUUCUGACCCUUUCAGGAGUAGUGUCUGACGGUUUUCCUCCGCCGGGCGCUCACGCGAGCAGCCCGCACACGUCCCAAGCGGGAGGACCGCUCUAUUACUCUGGCCACAUGACGGGCUCUUGGCCAACCCCGGGGUUGUCACAGUCCUCCGCGUACACGUACGGGAGUUCCGGAUCCGGAUCCUCUGGCUCCGGUCCGCUCGCUCAACCCCCGUAUAGCCGAACGCCGACGUCGUACGGUUCAGCACCGUCGCCCUCCCACCACCACUUUCCCAGCCGCGCCACCUCGUCGGCCCAGAGCCCAGAGAGCUUACCAGCAUCGCAAUCAUACCAAGAUCAGCAAGCUUUCUCCGGCCCGAUAGGGGUCGGAGGAGGGGGGAAUGGCGGCGGAAAUCUCGGUUCGCCGCUCAGCCCGCAAGGGGGAAAUCAACCAGGGCUUGCACAGCCCAUCCUCGGAAAUCCGGCGCCGAAUACCACUCGUCAAGCAGGGCCGGGACCAAACGCAGGAGGAGGGCCAGUCGCAGCGCAAGAUGGGAGCUCUUACCGUCCACCGCCGACACCGAGCGGCUACUACCCACACACUUCGUACUCCCCGCCAGGAACGCAACCAUCACCUACCACAAGCGCUUCCUCCGCGACUGCUCCAGGCUCGAUCUCCCGAGGGCCUUCCUCUGUUCCUGCAAUGACCCCACCGUUACAAUAUUCCAGCGGCCGCGCAAACUCGGUCCCGUCAGUACCAUCGUAUUCAUAUAACGCCGGUCCGGUUCUCAGCAACAUGCAUCACCCCGGUGCGCCUUUGGCGAUGGUCGGCAGCAUGUCGGGGCUUUCCAGCUACAGCAGCCAUCAUCCGGGCUUGUCUCCUCACCAUCCUCACCCCCUCUAUGUUCACCAUCCGGGAGGUCCACCGCCACAGUCAGAGCGGCCCUUUAAAUGCAACGAAUGUCAGCAGGCUUUCAACAGAAAUCAUGACCUGAAGAGGCAUCAGCGGAUACACCUGGCCGUCAAGCCGUUUGGAUGUGGCGAUUGUGAGAAGAGGUUCUCUAGGAAAGACGCGCUCAAGCGUCACAGGCUUGUCAAGGGAUGUGGUGGCACAUCACCACCGAGUGCGGCCGGCGCUGCUACGGGCGGUGGUAACGAAAGGACCUUAGAGGACCGUGGUCGUCUGGCGAGCGGUGACAAAAAUUGUGGUCCAGGAUCAGUAAAGAAGGAACGAUGA